AUACAUGGGGCUAGUGCUUAUCUGUGAUGAUUGAUCACUGGACCCUUGAGUGGACUGAUAGAAAGGAGAUGUAUGUCUCUUGGCUCUUGGUGAGUGAUCACCAGGCAGGUCCGGCCCAUUGGCAUUGGGCUCGCUUCAGAAUUCAGAGCCAUCAGGAACAGAAACAAAAAGGCUCCGCGUCAUCUUGUUUUGUCAGAAACACGAGCAGAGUACAAGCUGCUGUGCCUGCACAAGGGAAGAUGAGGCACGACGUAGCGCCGCCGGAAGCCACCGGCCACCACCACCGCCUGCUGGUAACCCUCGCUCGCCAUGGCCGCUUCGCCGCCGUCGCCACCCUCUUCUCCACCGCCCGCUGCACGACCCGCGCCCUCAACUCCCUCCUCGCCGCGCUCUGCUCUUCCCCGGCGUUCCUCCGCGUCGCCCCCUCCGUCCUCCUCCGCGCCGCGCCGCACGCCGCCCCCGACGCCACCACCUUCCGCAUCCUCACCUCCGCGCUCUGCCGCGCCCAGCGACCCACCGCCGCCGUCGACCUCCUGCGAUGCAUGCCCGGCCUCCUGCUCGACCCGGACCAGCGCCACUGCCGCGCGGUCCUCGCCUCCCUCUGCCGCUGCGCCCCCGCUCGGGACGCGCUAGCGUUCCUGGACGACAUGCGCCGGUGGGGCGUCUCGCCCAGCCGGUCGGACCACCACGCCGUCCUCGACGCGCUCCUGCGGGAGGCGAUGGUGGCCGAGGCGUACGAGGUCGUGGCGAAGCAGAUGGACGCCGACGGGGCGCGCCCGGGUCUCCCGGAGUUCGAGCGGGUGCUCCGCGCCUUCCGCGAGAACGGAUCGUUCGACGCCGUCGAGGAGGCGUUCGAUGAAAUGCUCCUGCGGGGGCUCGUGCCGGGCGCGCGCGUCUACGACGUCUACGUCGGCGCGCUGUGCGACAAGGGCGACCUGGCCGGCGCGCGCCGGAUGCUGGGGUGCAUGGAGCGCGCAGGGUGCCCGCCCGGCGUCACGACGUUCGGCGUCGUGGUCGCCGGGUGCGUGGCCGCUGGGGACAUGGACGCCGCGAGGGAGGUGGCGCGGGAGGUGGUCAGACGGGGCCUGCGGUGGGAUGCGCCGGCGCUGUCGGAGCUGGUUGGCGCGCUGCGUGGCGGCGGCCAUCUCGCGCGGGCGCGGGGGCUGCUGCUGGAAGUCCUGCGUGACGGCUGCGCGGGCCGGUUGGAUGCGUCGGCGUUUGAGCAGCUCAUUGGAGGGAGAAGGAGCGUUGUGUGACAGGCCACGAGGGUCCAUGCUCGGAGGCCGCCGUAGUGACUUCCUUCAGCAAUUAGCAAUAAUCCCCCGCAAUUAGCAGGCCUGCUGGCUGCUGUUGUGCAUUUAUAUUUUGAAAGAGAGUUGUUGUGCAUUUACAGUAA